AGACGAGUGGGGGAAUUGGUUUGGGCGUGGUUUGGGGGCCUUGAAGUCUUGUUGUCGGGGUUUAAAGAAAGCGCACGCGUGCGUUCAUUUCACCGCAAGCAUGGCCUCGUCCCGCUUUGUGAUGACCAUUGAGGACGACGAUCCUGUCGCAAACCAUAGCGAUGACGAAGAGGUGGUGAACGGCCGCCGGCAAAACAAGGACGUCAACCCGGAAUUUGACUUUAGCGAGGCCGUCGACGAAGGCUGGGACCCGAGCUAUCAGCUGCAGACGCAGGUGGCGGAUACCAAAGCGACAGACGACCGCAUUGCUCAGCUCGUGGCCAAGCGCCAAGCAAAGCGAGCAGCAGCGGAGAGCACGGGAGAGGCAGACGAUUCCGUUGCUCUCGAUGAUUUGGAGGGCGACAGCGAAGUGGAGGACAAUGCUGACGACGAUGAUAACCUUGACAAUGCUUCAGAUGACGAAGAGGCUGAGCGUCUCAAGCAAGAGUUUUUUGCUGAAACGCCCGAGAUUGACCGCGAGUCAAGCAAUGCCAAGACCUUUCAAGACCUACAGCUGAGCCGUGUGCUCUUGAAGGGCAUUGCCAACAUGGGGUUUGCCGAGCCAACGUUGGUUCAGUCGACCACCAUCCCCGUGGCGUUGGCAGGUCGCGACAUUUGCGCCUGUGCUGCUACCGGCUCUGGCAAAACAGCCGCCUUCAUGUUACCCGUUCUUGAGCGUCUUCUCUUUCGCCCCAAACAAAUUGCUCAAACACGCGUGCUUGUCCUGAGCCCGACGCGCGAGUUGGCCGUACAGGUGUGCCAGGCUGCUCGUGGCUUGGCCCGCUUUACCGACAUCACAUUUGGCAUGGCCGUCGGUGACGAAGUCGAGGACCUGAUUACCUUGUCGCUCAACCAGCCGAUCCGUCUGUUUGUGGACGCCAACAAGAAAGUCACCAACAAUUUGGUUCAAGAGUUUAUUCGUAUCCGUCCACAGCACGAGGAUCAACGCGAGGCCAUUGUUCUUUCCCUAUGCAAACGCACCUACAAGUCACGCUGCUUGGUCUUUGUGCGUAGCAAGAAGCACGCCCAUCGCUUGCGUAUCAUCUUUGGUCUUGCUGAUUUGCGGGCCGGCGAGUUGCAUGGCUCGCUCACCCAAGCGCAGCGUCUUAACGCCCUGGAACAGUUCAAGAAUGGCGAGCUUGAAUUUUUAAUAUGCUCAGAUCUUGCUGGUCGUGGUCUCGACAUUCCCGGCGUCAAGUCUGUCAUCAACGUCAGCAUGCCCAACACCAUCAAGCAGUACAUCCAUCGCGUCGGCCGUACGGCUCGUGGUGGCGCCACAGGCCGGGCUUGCACGCUGGUGGGCGAGUCUGAGCGCAAGCUGCUUCGCGAGCUCUACCGAGACAACUCAAGCACGAUGCGCAACCGCGUCAUCAAGACGGACGUAACCAUGCAGUUUAAGCGCUACAUUGACAGUUUGGCCGAUGAUAUUCGCCAAAUUUUGCGUGAGGAGGAGGAAAUGGCCCAGUUGCAAGAAGCAGAACGGGAAGUUCGACGAGCGGAAAACUUGAUUUUGCACGAAGACGAAAUCAAGGCGCGCGCCGCGCGCACAUGGAUUCAGUCUGAGAAGGACAAGGCUACCGAGGCCGCAGCAAGCAAGGCGGCGCACGAGGGCAAGGAUGGGCUCAGCAGUGAUCGCUUGCGCAAGCAGGCUGCUUUGGCCAAGAUGGAAGAGAAGGAGCGCGAAGCCAAGAAGGCCAAAAUUACGCCGGAAAUGGCCCACCAAAAGUUCCUGAUUCGCAAUGUCAAACGCGCCAAGAAACCCAAGCGUAUUCACAUGUUCAAAGAAGACACGACCAAGCGAGCUGCGGCAGCCUCCAAGCGACGGGCCAUGGCUGGUUUCGAUGCUGAGAUUAAGACUGCGGGCAAAAAGGCGAAAACGAGCGAUGGCGCCACCACGGCCACCGGUCUCAAGCAGAAGCUAUCGUCCAAGAAGGCGGCUCUCAAGGAGCGUGAGUCAAAGAAGAAGGUUGUUCCGGGCAAGGGUAACAAGGCAUUCAAGUCCAAGAAGCGUUACAAACGCCAUUAAGCAUCGCUCCGCACCUGAUCACCAUGUGUGUUGGCAAGUGAAUUCAGAGUCAAAACGGUC